GAAUCCCUGAACACUAUGGCGCAGGAUUGGCCUUCAGUUUACUGCACACAGUCUUAUAUGGCAGUAUUUGACCAGCAGAAGGCGCUCGCUAUCAGAUCCUCACUGUACUUCCCUCAGCCCCUUUGGUCAGUAGAAAACACUACGCAGUGGCGUGUAGCAGGACGGUGGAGGUCUGGCUCUCACGCGUUAAUCCGCCAGGGACGUUUCUCGGAGCCGAUCAUGGAGGUGUCCGGUGCGGCGGCCCCCAGGGUGCUGAGCGCGAGCCGCGGCGUGGAGCGCGCGCUGGAAGAGGCGGCAGGUUCGGGGACGCUGAACCUCAGCUCCAGGAAGCUGAAAGAAUUCACCAGCGCGGCCGCGCACUACGACCUCAGCGACACGGUGCACGCAGAUCUUUCAAAGAAUCGUCUGACAGAAGUUCCUCCUGAGGUCACGCGGCUCGUUUCCUUGGAAACGCUGAACCUUUAUCACAACUGUAUCAGAAGCAUUCCUGACACCAUCAUCGGCCUACAGUCGCUCACGUCAUUAAAUAUCAGUCGCAACCAGCUGUCAGUGUUGCCGGUGUGUGUGUGUGGUCUUCCCCUGAGAGUCCUCAACGCCAGCAACAACAAACUCAACGCUUUGCCGGAAAGCAUCGGCCAGCUCACCAGUCUCAUGGAACUGGAUGUGAGCUGUAAUGAGGUCACAGCUCUCCCGCGCCAGAUCGGACGCCUCAAAGCUCUACGAGAGCUCAACGUGCGCCGGAACCUUCUGUGUGUCCUGCCUGAAGACUUGGCAGUUCUACCUCUGGUAAAGUUUGAUUUCUCCUGUAAUAAAGUUUCCACUAUUCCAAUCUGCUACCGCAAAAUGACUCAGCUCCAAUCACUACAUCUAGAGAAUAACCCACUACAGAGCCCUCCAGCACAGAUUUGUAUAAAGGGGAAGGUGCACAUAUUUAAGUACCUCACAAUGGAGUCGUGUCGCAGCGACAAGAUGGCCGACGCCCUCUACUUACCUGUUAUAGACCACCUCGGCCUAUCACGUCCCACCGCUGGCAGUACGGAGGACAUCGAUCAACAUCGGAAGCUUGACAGCGACUCUGGGCUCGGCAGCGAUAAUGGAGACAAGAGGCUUUCUGCCACAGAGCCAUCUGACGAGGACAGUCUGAGUCUUAAUGUCCCCAUGUCCAACAUCACAGAAGAGGAAGGAAUAUGUAAAGAUGAUUCUAUCGAGCAUAUCAGUUCCCUGACAGCAGACCAAAGCCCUUCAGAUUCAGGACAGUUUGGAUACAGAGAUUCUUCCUAUACGACUCGAUUCAUCAACUACAUCAAGGGUCGAGGUGUUGACUUCGACGAGCCCCUCAGAAUCGAGGAAGACAGUAACUGGGCAGCCGAGCAGUCGUCAAAGGUUAACCUGAUCCGCCCUCUGAAAGAGGCAGUAGACCUGUUGCAGAAUCCUAACAGAGUGAACAUGAGCUCAUCUGAUUUGUCUGGAAUUAAACUCUACCCAGUGGAAAUGGUCACAGUGGACGAAUCUCUUAAUGGUCAGGAGAGUGAAGACGGACAGACGACGCCUAAGGAUGGUCCGGAUGAAGGCUGGGAGUUCCAGAGGAAGAGGCAGUAUAUUCUGAAACGGGCUCGGCUGGAGGCGCAGCUCGCGUGCCAGCAGUACACCUUCUAUGUGGCUCAAAAGGGCGAGACGAUUUGUGAGGAGAAGACAGACGACGGUCGAGCAGAGCAAGAGAACAGUGAAGCCCAGAGUCCAGUGUUGUCACCACCGUUCGGCUUGAAGCCUCGAUCAGCUCCUCCCCCUGUCCCUUACUCACCUUUGUCCAUCAGUAGAGACACACUGUCCAUCAGUAGAGACACACCCACUAGGCCUCAUGAUGGAUGUGUUCCUCUCAGUGUUUUCUUGAGAACUCCUAAGAGUCUCGAAUCAGCGGAUCCUCAGUUCACCAUGAGGAGAAGGAUGGAACAGCUCAGAGAGGAGCUGGAACUCGUGGAGCAGCUACGUGAGAACAUUGAGAGCAGACUGAAGGUUGUGCUUCCUGAAGAUCUCGGCUCCUCGCUCAUGGAUGGGGUGGUUCUCUGUCAUCUAGCCAAUCAUGUUAAACCACGCUCGGUGGCUAGCAUCCAUGUUCCUUCUCCAGCAGUACCCAAGCUCAGUAUGGCUAAAUGCCGUCGGAACGUCGAGAACUUCUUGGAUGCUUGCAGGAAGAUCGGAGUUCCUGAGGACAGAUUGUGUCUCCCUCAUCACAUUCUGGAGGAGAAGGGACUAAUGAAAGUGGGGACCACCAUUCAGGCGCUGCUGGACCAGUUCUCGGUGAAACAGAACCUCUUCACAUGAACAUCACAUUAUUCACUUCGCUCGUGAUAAUCGUGCUAAAUUCCAGUCAACAUUUAUAAAGAUGAACACGUGGGUGAAACAUUCCUUAUUUAAUAACUAUUUAUUAAAGAGUCGGGUUUAAAAAGAAAACAAGGUGUUGGUCCAUUAACACAAGGUGUUGGUCCAUUAACACAAGAUGUUGGUCCAUUAACACAAGGUGUUGGUCCAUUAACACAAGGUGUUGGUCCAUUAACACAUUUUACUCAGUUGAUGAUAUUUUAUUCAAUUUACUGAACAUUAUUCACAAUCUGAGCUGCAGAUAUGUAUUAUGUAGAGGGAUUUUACAUUUAUGUUCAUUACACACAGCUUACACACAGUCCCAUUAAUACUUAACACCUGAUCAGUACACUCCUCUGUGUUCAGUACACUCUGUGUUCAGUACACUCCUGUGUGUUCAGUACUCUGUGUUCAGUACACUCUGUGUUCAGUACUCUGUGUUCAGUACACUGUGUUCAGUACACUCCUCUGUGUUCAGUACUCUGUGUUCAGUACACUCCUCUGUGUUCAGUACACUCCUCUGUGUUCAGUACACUCUCUGUGUUCAGUACUCUGUGUUCAGUACACUCCUCUGUGUUCAGUACACUCUCUGUGUUCAGUACACUCUGUGUUCAGUACACUCUGUGUUCAGUACACUCCUCUGUGUUCAGUACACUCCUCUGUGUUCAGUACACUCUGUGUUCAGUACACUCUGUGUUCAGUACUCCUCUGUGUUCAGUACACUGUGUUCAGUACACUGUGUUCAGUACACUCCUCUGUGUUCAGUACACUGUGUUCAGUACACUGUGUUCAGUACACUCCUCUGUGUUCAGUACACUGUGUUCAGUACACUCCUCUGUGUUCAGUACACUGUGUUCAGUACACUCCUCUGUGUUCAGUACACUGUGUUCAGUACUCCUCUGUGUUCAGUACACUGUGUUCAGUACACUCCUCUGUGUGGUGAGGAUCCUAAUGGAAAUCAGUGA